AUGACAAUAACUGUUACAUCGGUGUUGUUCUCUACUCCUGGCCCUGGACCCACAGGAAGAGCAGAAGGAAUGGAGAGGUCCAUCCUGCUUCAUCCUUUGCAGACCUCCAGCUGGGCCGAAGAGGUCCAACUGACCCAUCAGGCUGUGGAGGCCGUCAACAAGCUGUGCCGCAGGCCCAAGUUCAUGGUGCUGUGUGGGGACAUGGUCCGUGCAAGGCCCCCGUUCCGGGAGGGGCAGGAGCGGGACUUGAAGGUGGCUCUGAGGGGUACAGACCCCUCCAUCCCUCUGGUGUUUGUCAGUGAGAACCAUGACCUGCGUAACACACCCACCCCAGAGACUGUAGCCCAGUUCUGCAACGCCUGGGGAGAUGACUACUUCAGCUUCUUGGUGGGUGGAUUAACCUGUACUGUAAUCCCAACCCAGCUGUUCUUUGGUGUGUCAGCCUGCCCGGACCGGAGAGACGUCCAGGAGGCCUGGUUAGAGGGCCAGCUGCAGAAGGCCUCCCAGGGGCUUGGGAUCACUCCCAAACAAGCCUUUCAUUUUUCAUUCUGUAAGGACAGCAGCUUGGAGACGAGAAGCAAGUACAGGGAGUGA